AUGGCUCAAUAUCUCCAGCAAAUUAAAACCAUCGUGGACAAUAUUACCUCUGCAGGCUCAGUUCUUGAUCACGAAGAUAUUAUCCUGUACACAUUAAGCGGGCUACCACCGUCCUACAAUGCCUUCAAGAUGACCAUAUGCAUAAUGUUGCAGCCAAUAGAUCCAGACAAUCUUUACUCUCUCAUGAUCAGUGAAGAAAUCAAUAUUCAGGCCGAGUCCAUUCGUCAGCUCACCUUAGGCGAUUCCUCCACUGCGCUCUAUUCGCAUCGAGGUCAUGGUCGAAGGGGACGAGCACGAUCCUCAUCUCAGCCCUCUAGAACGACCAACUCGAGCACCCUUCAAUGUCAAAUAUGCAAUAAAAAGGGGCAUCUGGAACACAACUGUUGGCACCGUCUCAACAUCUCUGUCAAUCCCCCUGAAACUCAACCUCCCAACUCUUCAUCUUGA